AACAGACACACAUCCCGAGCGACACGUGCUGCAGCAGCACUCAGAUCCCCCUCCCUUCCCUCUUCCUCUUCUUCCUCGCUCCCUCUCCCUGUUCACCUUGUCUGUUUCCAAGUGUACGGUUUAUCAUUGUGUCAGCGCCAACGAGAGCCAGUAAAGAAGCAUGCCGGGGGAAACCACUCGCAGAUCUGUCCCGGACGACAAGCAUCCAGAGCUGGGGACUGAGGAAACGGGGCUCCCAGGACCAGAUAUGACAAGGGACCCAUCUACUGACUCCAGUCCGAGCGACAGUGGCUCCUCCCCUAAUGACAGUGGUUGCAGCCCUUCUCCCACUACUCCACAGAAGCUUCUCCCAGCAUGCACUUCUCCAUUCGGACCACGAUUAUUUCACGUGAAGCCCAGCUCGUCUGGUCACCCAAGACCUCAGCCUGAAGGUUCUGACCAUCGCAGCAAAACAAGUAGACUGUCAGGAAAAUUAGGAGGUCAUGGACCGUGUGGUCGCCACAUUCCUGUUAAGAUGGAGAGAAUAAAGGUUCUGACUGGAUCUGAGGUGGAAAGUGACUAUCAAGAACCACAGACCAUUGACACUAGAGUGGUUAUGGGGGAGGAGACGCUGCUCAAAACAACAGAAAAUCAGAAGGCAAAUCCUCUCACUGAGCCGAGUGCUCAAGCAAGUAUCCCACUUUCUUCUCGUCUUCAGGCACAAAGAAAAGAGACCGAUUUGGAAUCCACUAAUGAGGAAACUCAUUCACAAAUCCUCCAGAGAACAGAGGAUCAGGACAAAGAUCAUGUAGAGCCUUCUGUCACACACCCUGCCUCCUCCACCACAACAGAUGACAUAUUAUCAGACAUCAAGGAAGACAGGCAGACCCUCACUCAAGAUCAAGUGCCUUCACUCUCUGUUUCAGAGCUGUCUUCUCCAGUUGCUCUGUCCUUCUCUGAGCCAACCUAUACAGUUGAUCCCUUACGGGUCGGUGUCCCCUCAUCUCUUGACCCAGACCUUUACUACACCGCUCCUUCCACCCCAAUCAAAGUGACUACCCGCUCUUCACACCUUAAACAUCAUUCCUAUCCUGGCUCCCCAGCAUCCCCUCUUUCCCCUGGCUCUCCCUCUGACAGUGAGGACCUCUGUUCUCCUCUUACGUCUCCUUCUGGUUCUUACAUUACAGCAGAAGGAGGCAGCUGGACAUCCUCUUACACUUCCUCCGUCUCCCCUUCCAUUUCCCCCAACCUGCUUCUGGUAGAAGAAACACAAGAGGCCCCUGCUUGCUUUGUGGGUUCUUUGUCUGAGAUUGGAGAUGAAGUUGGUGAAGAAAAGGGACGAUUAAGUUCAGAGCAGGAGGAGGAAAGGGCCAGCAAUUUUUGCCGAUACCAAAGUGAGGAUUUUGUUUUGAUUUCACAACGAGGUUUAACGGAUACAGUGAUUCUUGAGGAAGAUGAGGGUCCUAAAGGAGAGGAGCCCAAUAAUUCCAGAGGGACAAACCGUCCUUACUGGGUGACUGAAAAUGCAUCCCCUGGAAGAAGCAGCAGCAGCAUUGAUUCUCAGGAAGAUGGGAGGGAGUCUGAAAGUUCACUUUGUCCUCUGGAAGAAGCCAGUGUAGGGAAAUCAGAGUACUCCAGACCCUUGCAGAUAGGCCUGAGAUUGCAGCUGGAUGAUUGUGUAUCAGAUGACCAUUAUGGACAGAUAGAUGCCCACCCAGACAUUCCUUCCACUGCCUUCACUCCUGAUACAGAAAACAUGACUAUGGCUUCUUCUAGCCUAAGCCCUGAUUCACCACUCCUCCCCUUAGAUGCUUUCUGUCAUGGAGCCUUUGAUAGACUUGGUCCAAGCUCAUUCAUACUGUCACAGUCAGCAUGUGCUGAUGAUCUACUAGAUGAGGAAAGGAUGAUUCCUGCUUCCCUUCUUUCCUUCCCACUUCACACCAACUUAAUCUUUAAAGUGGAUUCAAUGGAAAUCACCCUCUUCCCCACAGAGGAAGAGAAUGAAACAGAACUAAAUGACAGAGGUCAAAGAAAUGAUGUUGAUGCAUAUGCAGCAGGAGAAGAAGAGGCAGAUGUAGAGGAUGGCAAUGAUGAAGAAGAUAAUGAUCAAUACAAUUAUGAAGGUGGCAAUACUGAUGCUGCUCCUGACAGCGAUGAAGGUGAGGAAAAUGAUGAAAACAAUGGGCAGGAUGAGGCUGGUGAGGAUGCUGAAGUAGAGGUGAAAGUUAUAGAAGAAGAAGAUGAAGAGGAAGAAGAAGAUGAGGAUGAGAGUGAUAGCAAAGCAGAUGAAGAUCCUACAGAUGAGGACAGCUCAGGAUCUUUUCUUCAUUCACUCUCAGAAACAUCUAUCAAUGAGGGGCUGGAUGAUUCUUUCUGUUUUCAAGAUGACUCUGAUGACUCUUUAGAUUCUGCCUCCUAUAACGGAGAGGAAGAUGAGCGCUUGUACAGCACUGAGAGGCAUGCACAAUCACUGGAACCCAUACCAGCUGAUGGCAUUGGUCCAAGUGAAAUCCAAUCUGAAGCUCAACAAACUUCAGAUCAAAAUGAACUUUUGCACAUACACCCAAGUUUGGAUGAGCAAGUGGAUCACAGAAUUGUUUGUGCUUCUGAAGCCAUUGUGGCUCAAAGUAAAGAUGUUAGUUCAGAGCCUAUAAUCCCCGCAUCCCAAGCAGACCUUGAAUUUGAAACAACCAGUCAAGUAAGGGAAAUAACAACUUUGCAGUCAAGCACAGAUAAACCAGCUGUUAUCCAGGAACUGUCUCUAACUUUAGAUGCAAGUUUGUGUCAACCAGAGUCAUUCACUGACCCAAACGAGAGAGGGGAGAGAAGGAAUGUGAUGAAUAAUGCCCUUUUUAGUAACCCUGUUGAAGAACCCAAGGACAGUCCUUAUUUUAACCUAUCUUUUCACAGAUCACUCAAUCCUAUUUCUGACUCUAAAAACUUUCCUCAUCCUUCUACUUCUGAACAGGAAAUGUCAAUGACUAGUUCAGUACUGCCAAAACAAUUGGCCAAGGAAAAACCUAAAGUGAAGGAUGCUACUUUGAAACUGCCUUCUGAGUACACAGAGGCACAGCCUGCAACCCAGCCUGAGAGAGACUCUUUUAAACUGCUCAUCAAGCCUCGUCAUAGCCACUUCGAAAGCCAAAGGACUGUUGGAGCAAGUCGAGUUUCAUUAUCAAAAUCUUUCUCUGCUAAAUAUGAUGUGCCUGUGGGAGGAACAUCCCAGUGUAAGUCAAGUAUUAACAGCAAGUUUGACAUUGAGAUUGAUCAAAGUAAAGCUUCAGUUGAGCCUGUCAGUAGAGACUGUCGGAUUGGUGACUCUGGUCCUCCACUGGAUACUGUCACUCCAACCAAUGACCUAAAUAAAGGGGCUCUUCUUCUGUCAUGUCCUAAAGACCAAAGUCCCAACCCCAGUAACAUCCCAGUUUCUGCCACCACUGAAGUCUCUUCAGAGCUUACUGACAACUUGGUACUAACACCUGAGCACUGCCCCAGUGACUCUGCCCAGGAAAAUCUAAGGGAGAACAUGCUGAGUGCUGAUGAGGGGGUCCUAGGAGCUGUUAGGUCUUCACACUCUCCCCUUGCUAUCUCACCCAAAAGAGAAAAUUCAGAGACAGACACCAGCAGAGAGGUGGGUUAUGAAGCUGGGGCAUGGUGUGACGUUAGAAUGGGGUUGGGUUUUGGUCUAGGAUAUGGGUCAGUAAGUGAGUUUGGUGUUUGGGGAGCAGGAGAGUCACUUUCUUUGUCUCUGGGUAGCAGGUAUGAAAUAGAGGCAGAUAGCCUACUUAUGUGUGAUACAGAGAGUCAAAGAGCAAUGAACAGUGAAGUGUGUGAGAACUAUGACAAUGUUCUGGGUUCUAUUCUAGAUGAGGACGAUAACAACAGUCUGAGUGGGAAGAAUGAGCAAAUGGCAGAGAGAGAGCUGGUUGAAGAAGGAGUUUCUGAGUCCAACUUGGCUCAUUGGGAAUCCAUCAAGGAAUUCUCAGAAGCAGGCUCCGGAGAAAAUGAAAGCUCCAGGUUUUCAGAAGACAAUGUCAGUAAUUUAAAUCCAGAUGAAAUUGAUAACAAUAACGGAGACACACAAAUGCAAGACCCUUGGAAGAAUUCAAGUGAAUCUGCCUUUGACUCCUUGGAAGGAGGCAUGUAUGGGAAUCUGAAUGCUCUGUCGGAUAAAGUGAGACACCAGAGUGUUAAUAUCAGUGUCAGAGAAUCAGUAUCUAAUAUUCCCCUUGAAGAGAUGCCUCUUCAGCUUUCAGACAAGACUCCAGAUGUGGAACCAGAUGCAUCCCAGAGCCACAUAAACCAAACAUCAGAUGCAAAGCAGACUGAUCUUAUAAAGGAAGGUGUCUGUGCCAUUUCAAUUGGCAUCGAUAUAAAUGCAGCUGCAAAAGACAAAUGCAUUGAUUCACCAAGAAAAAUUGAGUUGAGAUGCAAUACAUCUCCUGACCAUCAGUCUAUCACUCCAGAGAGUAAUGCAUUUUUCUUGCCACAGGGAUCAUUUGGGUCCUUUACUCCGAAAUGUGCAUUAGGCACUGUUAGACCAAGACACAUUUGUGAAGACAAGGUGGAAAAUGCUGUCACAGAGACAGCACAGCUUCAGACUGAGAGCCAAAGAGACUGCAAAGUCAGUCUUAAACCAGAUGGAACUGUAGGCAAACCAAAUACUAAAGAUGCCUUUAUUGGAAAGCAGUAUGUUGUUCUUAACUCAGGGGAUGAAGAUGAGGAGGGCAAAAUAAAAGAAAGACAUGAAGAAAACAAUUUGAGGACUCAAUAUAAAAAUAUCUCCUCUUCUGCCCCAAAUGACUUGGAGCAGUUUGCUUGGAACGCACCUAAGGGUGGACUUUGCACAGAAACACAAGCUGCUGUUACGAAAGGGAGAAGAAGGAAGCAGAAUAAACACAGAGCAUCUCAGACAGGAAGUCAUGCUGACUUUAGUCCUGAGUCUGGUGAUGAUCCAAAGAAGCCCCCUGUUCCUUUAAAUUCCCUGAAAGAUAACUUGUCAAAGGGGAUCACAGACAGUUCUAAAGCUAAAACAGGUCAUGAUGCAAAUGACAUUUCGUCAGGGUUCCGACAGAGGAUAUCUGAGACAGACAACGUUGAAUCUGGUUCAAAGGUCCAAGGGCGAAGCAGGCCCAGUUCUGAUGUCAAAAGUCAAAGACAAGGAUUCUGUAAUUCUAACAAAAACAUUCAAGACAACCUCAAUACAGUGGUGGCAAUGAACCAAGAUGUAGAUCAGAAUCAAGAAGUGCUUGAUAACAGACCAUUACCUGAUACUCAAAAGGUAAUAACUACAGACAUUAAUGACAACAACAUAGAUACUGCUUCACUUCCCUACUCUUCAACCUGUUCCUCAGUACCUUCUGCCUCAAUGGAGCCAAUGAAUGGUCUGUCCACACCGGUUCAGGAAUCUCAACCUGUCCUCUCAGCUCAACAACAAUCCUCACUCUCCAUGUGUCAGACCGCUCCAGCCCAUUUCACCACUUCUCCCAUGACACAGCCAUCCCACGAGUCUGGAUUUCCCCAAAACAACAAUAUCCAGGACUUCACUGAUGUAUUUUCAGCUACAAGCAUCACUUCACCUUCAUUGUCCACUGCCAUGCCUUUAAUCUUGUCCCAAGCUACCCAGGAGACAGGGACUCUGGACUCAGUAUGCAUUCCUGAGUCUUCUUCCCGUCCAUAUACUCAGUCUUCUUUGCAGUCUCAGACUAAUGUCAGCAUCCAAUCCCAUAAACAAAACAGGCAAGGUCAGACUGGGGUCAGCAAGGACAGAUGCAGAGGAACUUCAAUGGCUGAAGAGGAGUCAGACAGUAAGGAUGAUGGUGGAAAGCACCAACAGGGUCAGAGAUCUCAGACCAGGGGAGCUGCUGGACUGGUGCAGAAGGAGUCUUCUCCAGCCAAUCACCAAGAAAUCCAGCCCUUCUCCACUCGGCACCUGACUGACCGACAGUCAGACUGUCCAGUCAGCCGCAACAUUUCUGAGGAGAUUGAUCGAACUGUUCAGAACAAUUGUUCUAUGUUGGCUUCCUGCAAUGAGUCUGAAAGUGAAGGGUCAGUGCCUGACCUCGAAGAGCUGGAGCCGAUGUGUCCAUCAGAACCACAGUGCAUCUCCUCUGCGGAUGAAGGACUGAACAGACCAAAACAGAGCCGCAGCGAGAAGAAGGCUCGCAAGGCCAUGUCUAAACUGGGUCUGAAACCAGUCCAUGGAGUGACCAGAAUCACCAUCAGAAAGUCCAAAAGUAUCUUGUUUGUCAUCAGCAGACCAGAUGUAUUCAAAAGCCCCAUGUCAGACAUUUAUAUUGUAUUUGGGGAGGCAAAGAUUGAGGACUUGUCUCAGCAAGCUCACAAAGCAGCGGCAGAGAAAUUCAAGGUGCCUGUGUCCUCCUCUCCAUUAGCCCCAUUGGUCCCACCUCGUCUCACCAUCAAGGAAGAGAGCGAAGAGGAGGAUGAGGAGGAGAUUGAUGAUGGGAGUCUGGAGCAAAGAGACAUCGAGCUGGUAAUGGCUCAGGCCAACGUGUCCCGAGCUAAGGCCGUACGUGCGCUGAAACACAACAAGAACGACAUUGUGAAUGCUAUCAUGGAGCUGACCAUGUGAGUGAGGACCGAGGACAAUCUGAUCCCCGACUCCCUUGUUCCAGCCUUUCUAAAGCCUAAACUGUACUCUUCUGUAUCGCUGCUGCUGUAAGUUGCAUCCCCAAAUAUCUGCUAAAUAAAGU